GCUUGUGUUUCACAUUGAAACCAACAGCAUGGCCACUGAAACACUAGCAGCUGAUACUUAUCACGAGAAUCUUUCUGCCCAGCACAUUAUCAAGGAAGGCGAUCAGAUUAUCUUGAAGAAAGGAAAAAACAUUAAAGUUUUUUUGAUUAGGAAACACAGACAAGUAUGGCUAGAGAAAGCAAAGUUUACCUUAGAUGGUACGAUUGGUCACCCCUAUGGAACUACAUUUGAAGUAAAAGGUGGAAAGAUGGUCAAAGUGGAGAAAUCAACACUAUCGGAGAAGGAAGCUUUGGCAGAAGGUGGUAAAGAUAACAGGGAUCUUCUGGACCUGGAUAGUAAUCAGAAACUCACACGAGACGACAUAGAGAAGAUGAAGAAAGAUGGCAUCAAAGGAAAGGAAAUUAUUGAUCAGCUUAUAGAGAACAGUUCAACCUUUCAAUCCAAGACAGUAUUUGCCCAAGCCAAGUGGAUCAAGAAAAAGAAAAUUAAACAUCUUCUGGAAUUCACAAUUCUGAAGCCAUCUGCUCGACUACUAUGUGAGAUGCAUCACGCCAAGAACCCAUCUAGAAUAUGUUUUAUGAGAGUGGACAGUCUGGCUCAAAUCCUCAGUAGAGGGAAUGUCAGGGCACACUCCACAGUGGCGGUGGUGGACACCUGCAUGGGGCUAGUUGUGGGGGCCGUCAUGGAGAGACUCGGGGGUUUUGGGAAAGUUAUACACUUCCAUCAAGGACCAACAGCAGUAAGACCUGUCUUGGACUCAUUCGACUUCUCUGAGGAAAUUCUGAACAAUUUAUACAAUUAUCCUCUAGACCGUGUCAAUACUAUUGAGUGUGAUCAAACAAAGACAGACAACUCUGAUGGAAAGAUUGAUUUCAAAAGUAGCAAUGGGGCAGAUAAUGUGAAAUGUUCAGGGGAGACAACUGAGGAUACAAAUUCACAAUGCGCCACAGAUACGACUGAUGUGUCGACACUGGAAACAGCUGAGGAUACAAGCUCUAAAUGUGUGACAGAUAUGUCUGUAGAUACAUCAACACAGUCACAAGGAACUACAACAAACAUUGAAUGUACAGAGCAUUGUGUGGGAGAUACUGAUUCUCAAGAAACCCCAGGGUGCUCAGAGGAAAUGGAAGUUGAGAAGGAGAAUGAUCUAGUCAAAACUGAUAUGGAACAAAGAAAGAAAAAGGGAAUUGAUAGAGAGGCAAAUAGACAACUACGAGAGCAAAAGAUACAACAAGCCCGAGACCUUAUACUGGAGAAAAACAUUGACUGUUUGAUUGUAGCAUGCAAGUUCCAUCCCACACCAAUUGUGCUGGCGUUGUUGAAGUAUAUUGCUCCAUCACGUCCCGUUGUAGUGUUUGGACAGUACAAGGAGCCUAUCUUGGACUGCUAUGAGUACCUGAGGAAGGAAGGGGGUAUGGUAAACUACCGUGUCACAGAAGCUUGGCUGAGGGAGUACCAAGUGAUGGAGAUGCGGACCCACCCUAUGAUAACUAUGAGUGGAGGAGGUGGCUACCUACUGACGGCCACGACAGUAAACAAAUCUGACACAUCACGGUGAUACCUUACUGCCAGCCAUUUAGUCAACCAAACUUAAGAAGACAGCUAUUAAUAAUCACAGUGCCCCUUAGUAACUACUCUCAAUCUGGAUACUGAAAUUAAAUAAUUUGUGUGCCUGUUAUAAUAUAGAGGUUCAAGGCAGCUUCUCAAAUAUUUGUAUACUGUGACAUGGUGUUCCUGCGCUACAGAGACAUUAAUUCAUAAAAAGGUUUCUUCAUUAUUAAUGAACCAAUAUCAGUGUCGAUGGAAAACCUAAUUUGAAUUGGUCAGGUUUUAAUGUAUAACGGACAGUAUUUGCUUGUAGAUCUGUAUUCCAGGUUCAUAUUUUUCAAAAAGUGAAAUAAUGAAUAUUGCUGAGUAUAUUUGAAUUUACAUUGAAACAUCUUGAGUUGACAUUGAAAAUAUUGUGAUGGUUAUACAUAUAAAAUGCUAUUUGUCUUUAUUUAAAGCUGUUACUAUCUAUGAUUAUAUAAUGAAUUAUUGUACCUUGAUAAAAGUAUGUUGCUUUGUACAAAUGUCAAUAAAACUGAUCUUGUCACUUUU